CCUUUUCAUUUUCCCUUUCUAUACAUCAGCUCUCUCAGCUCAUCAUCACUCUCUCUCUCUCUCUCUCUCUCUUCUCUCUAGACCUCCUCCAUCCAUGGCGUCGACCUUCACCACCCGGCGCAUUCUAUCAUCCUCCCUCCUCUCCCGCUCUCUCUCCUCCCCUCUCCGUUCUCGCUUCGCGCUCGGAAUCCUCGACAAAGUCCCCCGACUCGUUCCCGACUCGGUGGCGACGAUCCCGGCUCGGUGGAAGACGUCCGGGUCGGGUUACUCCCCCCUCAACGACCCGUCUCCAAACUGGAGCAACCGGCCUCCGAAGGAGACGAUACUCCUCGACGGGUGCGACUACGAGCACUGGCUCAUAGUCAUGGAGUUCCCGACCGACCGUAGACCCUCCGAGGAUGAAAUGAUCGGAUCCUAUGUCAAAACCCUAGCCCAAGUCGUCGGAAGUGAAGAAGAGGCAAAGAAGAAGAUAUAUUCUGUCUGUACAACGACGUAUACUGGGUUCGGUGCUUUGAUCUCUGAAGAGCUAUCCUACAAAGUUAAAGGCCUUCCUGGUGUUUUGUGGGUGCUGCCUGAUUCAUAUCUUGAUGUUCCGAACAAAGAUUAUGGAGGUGAUUUGUUUAUUGAUGGAAAAGUCGUUCAUAGGCCACAGUUUUGGUACAAUGAGAGGCAACAAACCAAGAAUAGGCCUCGCCCGCGGUACGAUAGGCGUACAAAGACGAUGCAGACUCAAAGGAGAGAGCCAUUCCAACAGACCUGGGGCCAAAAUCUGAGUGAAUCCACGCAGCAAACAGUAUCUGCGGAAGGCCAGAAUAUGCCUCAGAGUGGUGGACCCUCAACGAAUCAGGGGGGACUCUCAGACAGAAGUGCCUAUUAGUCAGUAGUUAAGCAGUCAGCUACCGGAACUCAAGCUUAACCAAAUCCUGUCAAGGUUUGGUGUUCUUGUUUCUUAAAUGACUGGACGUUCAUGGAGAAAUCAUAUGUGAAUAUUUUCUUGGUACGUACUUCUGAAGAAGUUGUAUAAGUUUAGAAAUGAGGUUCUUCUUUGGAUGGUUUUCUGUCAGCUAAUUGUGCUUUGUUUUAUGGAUGAUGUUUAUCUUAAGUACCUAUACCGUUAAAGUUUUGCA